GACACAUCUUCCUCCUUUUCUUCAUUCCUUCUUGUUCAUAAUUUUUGUCAAAAACCACAUACUAAACUCGCAGCAAUGAGAGGGCUGGUCUUAUUGUUGGUGCUCCUUUGCGUCACCUGCCGUUUCACCCUCGCCGUAACCGAUAGUACCGCCAGGAACGGUACGGUGGCCGACGGACUACUGGAAAAUGGGAACUUUGAGAACGCCCCAAAUGCAACAGACAUGAAAGGCACCGUGGUAAUGGGACGCUACGCGAUACCAGGGUGGGUGAACAACGGUUUUGUGGAGUACAUAAAGUCCGGACAAAAGCAAGGGGACAUGUUGCUCGUGGUGCCCGAAGGGGCCUAUGCCGUUAGGCUCGGGAACGAGGCAUCCAUCAAGCAGAAAAUAAAGGUUAUCCCGGGGAUGUAUUACUCCAUAACGUUCAGCGCGGCUCGGACUUGCGCUCAAGAGGAGAAGUUGAACGUUACAGUGGCGCCCGAUUCCGGCGUGAUGCCGAUCCAGACGGUGUACAGCAGCAGUGGUUGGGACAACUACGCAUGGGCCUUCAAAACAAUAUCCGAUGUUGCGGAGUUGAUUAUUCACAAUCCAGGAGUGGAGGAAGAUCCGGCUUGUGGACCACUCAUUGAUGCUGUUGCAAUCAAGGCUUUAUAUCCUCCUAGACCAACCAAUAGGAACAUCGCGAAAAAUGGAGGUUUCGAAGAAGGUCCAUACAUAUUCCCCAACACUCCAUGGGGUGUCUUAGUCGCACCCAACAUCGAGGAUGAUCACUCUCCUCUCCCUGCUUGGAUAGUUGAAUCCCUUAAGGCCGUCAAAUACAUUGAUUCGGAACAUUACUUCGUGCCUCAAGGGCGAAGAGCAGUGGAGCUAGUUGCCGGAAAAGAGAGUGCCAUCGCUCAAAUAGUCAGGACCAUCAUCGGCAAAAUGUACAGGCUCUUGUUUGCCGUAGGUGAUGCUAACAACUCUUGUGCAGGCUCUCUGGUUGUCGAGGCAUUCGCUGGCAAAGACACACUCAAAGUCCCAUAUGAGUCGAAAGGCAAAGGUGGAUUCAAGCGCGCCGAGCUUAAAUUCAAGGCUGUUUCCAACCGAACAAGAAUCAUGUUCCUUAGCACGUUUUACACCAUGAGGAGUGAUGACUUCUCUUCCCUGUGUGGCCCAGUCAUCGAUGAUGUGAAGCUUUUGAGCAUCCGGAAUCCCCAAAAACCUUGGUCAUCAUCGACCUCUAUCAUUAUAAACGUCAAUGAAGCAAGUUAGAUAUGACCCUGAAUCUGGAUAAAUUGAAUCUUUUUCUAUUCUAAGAAUGUUCAUUUUUCCUUUUUUUUGGCAUGUUGUGUGAGCUUAAUUAGCCUAUUAAUCGGACAAUAUAAACAUAUAUAAUACUAUUAAUAUGAGGGUGGUAUACUACUAUGAUUUAAU